GAGACUCGAAAGUUCCCCUCUGAUGAUUCCACCCUGCGUGCCGUUCUCCGUCUCGAAUUGUGUGCCGUGCACCUCUGCCGUGACAAUCGUUCCGCCGAUGAGCGGGAGCGGACGCUGAUAUGGGCCAAUGUUGUAUUCACGUCUGACAGAAUCGUAUGUGCCGCUUCGCGGGGGAAAAAACGACAAGAGCCAUGCGAGAAUAAGUGAUCCUCUGGACGAUGGAUUUUACGCAUGCGACUGGCAUCGUCGACUGGGGUGGGCGAAUCCAAACUUGGACACCAGGGAAAGAUGAUUCGGAUGACCAACGACGAAUAUACCACUUGCAAACGAACAAGGACGUGACGCCAGGGAUAUUGGUGACCAAUAUGGGAUUUACUUUACCGAGUGAGUCAUCGAUGUUUGUGGUUUUCCCUCGAGCGAACGGGUGGCGCCACAAGUUGUGAUGUAUACAUUUGGUGGUUGUGUACUAACAUUUGCUCCAGUGAAAUCAACAAAAUUUCGUUGGAUUAAGCAGUGAUUUAAUAAGUGAGUGAGUGAAACCGAGGAAUAACCAGGAUAGGCAGCAUCUUCAGGGUGAAUGCAAGAUUAUGCAGCCCUGUAGAAAGGUCACCACCUCGUGAGAAAGUGGCCUGGUGGGGUCUGUCGUGUUUUGGAUGGACUACUGUCCUGGUGGUCGGUUUUUCUGGCGAUCAUGGAGAUGAGGACGUGUGGAAGUCGGUGAAGUCAUGAGUGAUUGAGGGACGGAGGCUUGUGUUUCGUGGAUGGGGAGAAAGUUCACUGGACUGGCGGAUAAAAUGACGGAACAGCGCACCUUGCAGAUGAGCGAGUCACAGUGGUGAGUCACAAGUGGGUGGUGUUUGUGUUUAGAGGCCUCGAGAGAGAGACUAGAGAGAGAGAGACUAUUAAUUAUUUAAAGGAGAUUAAAAUAAAAUUGCAAAAACGGAGGAAUCGGAGGAAUUCAAGAUGACGCAGCAGAGCGGGGCGGGUUCACCCCAGCAAUUCUGUUUGCGAUGGAACAAUUAUCAGACAAAUCUCACUAAUGUCUUUGAUCAAUUGCUCCAGAGUGAGUCAUUUGUCGAUGUAACACUGGCUUGCGACGGUCACUCAGUGAAAGCCCACAAGAUGGUACUAUCAGCUUGUUCACCCUAUUUUCAGGCACUCUUCUUUGAAAAUCCGUGUACCCAUCCAAUAGUCAUAAUGAAGGACAUCAAGUGGCCAGAGUUGAAGGCAGCUGUUGAGUUCAUGUACAAGGGCGAGAUAAAUGUCUCUCAAGAGCAGAUUGGACCGUUGCUUAAAGUGGCUGAAUGCCUCAAGAUCAGAGGACUUGCGGAUGUCAAUAGUGAGCAAGAGCUUGUGUCAAGACCUAGUAUGCUUGACAAUUUAGCAUCACUUGGUAGUGGUUCACAAAGUCGUAAAAAGCGUCGUCGUGCAUCGGGUGAUCGUUCACCAAGUGUUAACAGUCCUGAUCAAAAUUCCUGCAUUAUAGAUGAUCAGGAGGUGAUCGGUUUGCCAGAUGUUCACAAUCUCGUGGCAUCGUCUACACCGAGAUCCAUCGGCUCACCAUCCUCAGCCCCAAGUAUCUCAGUUACACCUCAAAUUAAUCUUCAGGAGCUUCCUGUAUCGUUGCCAUUGCCACCACCACAAUCACAAUCCAAUCAGAGCGCUCACUCUGUUGGUCACCACGUGACAAGCCACGUGACAAGUGCUGGACAUCCUAGUGUCAAUCAUCUUGGACAGCAUGUGCAGGGUUUGACGGUGCAGCAGCAUCAGGCACAGGCACAGCAAGCAGCUGUUGCACAGCAUCAGGCGCAGCAUCAGGCACAGCAGCAAGCUGCAGCAGCUGUUCAGCAUCAUCAACAGGCGGUCGGUAAUCAGUCGACGCCAGUCGAUGAUCUCGAGAUCAAGCCGGGGAUUGCUGAGAUGAUUCGGGAGGAGGAAAGGGCCAAGUUGUUGGAGUCUUCCCAUGCUUGGCUCGGUGCCUCCACCUCCAAUAUAUCAGCAGACAGCUACCAGUAUCAGCUCCAAUCGCUCUGGCAAAAAUGCUGGAACACAAAUUCGGGACUUGUUCAUAAUCUACGCUUUCGGGAACGUGGACCACUGAAGUCUUGGAGGCCCGAGACCAUGGCCGAGGCGAUCUUCAGUGUUCUGAAGGAGGGACUAUCAUUGAGUCAAGCAGCUAGAAAAUACGAUAUUCCAUAUCCAACAUUCGUCCUCUACGCGAAUCGUGUCCACAACAUGCUAGGACCGAGCUCCGAUGGCGGGGCCGGUGAGUAUCUACGACCAAAGGGACGGGGAAGACCCCAGAGGAUUCUCCUCGGUGUGUGGCCAGACGAGCACAUCCGUGGUGUUAUCAGGGCUGUUGUAUUCCGUGACGGCUCCAUCGUCAAGGACGAACCAAAUCCAAUGUACCCCAGCCUGGCGAAUUACGCGUGCAAUGGGCCAGAGGGGGCGGUAAGCCCUGGUGCUGCUGCGGCUGCUGCGGUUGCUGCGGUCGCCCAAGGCCUUCGACACCAAAUGUGCAGCAUGGUAGCAGCAGCACAGUCCCACCAGCACGACAUGAUAGCUACAAAUCUAUCAGCAAACUUCCAAGCAGCUGUUCAAGUUAAUCAGCACCAUCUCAAUAACAACAGCGGCUCGAGUAAUAACAACAAUACUAAUAACAAUAAUCGUAAUUCACCGUUGAUACUGGGACUGCCAAGUCCUGGAUCGGGUGGACCACCGGAGAGUCCAAUGGAGGGAAGUCCAUUGGCAAGUCCUUUGGCACCAUUGAUGGAUCCAGCUCACAUCCCCAGUAGCGUUGAAGUUGGAAUUGGUGUCAGUGGUAUGACGUACAAACCCCAGCGUAGCUAUGUCAGUCCAAGACCCGAGAAUAUGUUCCAGGAGGAUAUAUCUGAUCUCGUUAAGAGUUCACAUGGCCACAAGGACAAGGACAAAGUGCCAGUUAAGAUUGAACCAUUGACUGAUUCCAGAAGCGAGCAGUAAUUUUGUCAUGUCGUGGCAGGCUCUUCGUUUUUUUUUAUAUUGUCAGGCUCUGGGCCCACGUUGCAGUUCUCUCCUGGGGUGUGUAAUUAAGGUGGUGAGGGAGCUUGGAACUGUUGAGGUACUUGAGUUGAUCAAUUUUUUUGUUUUUAUUUUUUUCUUUUACCGAGGAAUACGGGAGAACGCGGGAAAAUCAAAAGAAUGUUACGAGCAGUGUAAAGAGUUAUUUGUCUCGUACCCCCUUGAGUGUUUGAGUCAUAUUUUGUGGGACACUGAGUGGAGUACUUGAGGAUUAAGCGAUCGGAUGGAACAAAAUACGAUUGAACGUAGGUUGAGUGGAGUAUGGGAUUAGAAUUAUUAAAUUUUAGUCGUUGAUUACCGAAUUUACGCCAAAAUUCACCCGAAGGAUACGGAUAAUAUCGAUUAGAUGAUUUCGGGGUAAAGGUACUCAAGAUAAUUUAUAUGUACGCAAUACGGAUUAUGUGUUAAUGCCAAAUGUAUAAUAGUUUGAUGAGGAUCGGUUGCAUGCUGUAGGGAGAAUUUUUUCAGAUGAAUCAUUGAGUGGUCACUUUUAUUUAACGGCUGAACACGCGUCGAAAGAGCCAAUUGAUUGCAUGAAAAUAAGAUGAAAAUUUUUAGUUGUUUGGGGUUAAAAUGGCGGUGAGAAUUGGGGCAAUGGCGAUGUUGUCAUUUUCUAGUCAAUCGAACGUCCAAGCUAUUUAUUGGAAAUUUUUUCUUUCCUUUUUUUGCUGGAUUUCGACAAGUGUUCGGUACGUUGACACCAGAUACAGAUGAAUUACAAAUUUUCAGAGUUUCUCUUUAAAAAAUGUCACCGUGUUUUUUUAUGGUAUCAAUUAAAAUGAUAGAGGAAAAGUAAUGUACAAAAUUUGUCGCACGUCCUCGUCUUGUCGGGGAUGUAGUUGAAGGGGGACAACCGUAAAAUUUUAAAGGAGAUGAAGACUUGGAGGUGGGAAUACGUGAAAUUAUACUGAAAGGUGCAACAACUCGACGAGUUUUUGACAAAGAGUCGAAUUAUUUAAGUAAUGAUUGCCUUCCUGCCAUAUUUGGGGUAUGCCAAGUAUAAAAAUUAUAAGAUUUAGGUAUAAAAAAAAGUGAAAAAAAAAUGUUUAUGAUGACAAAAAAAUGAAUUGAAGAACGUAGACUGGAUCUUUGAGGACAUUGGAGAGUAUUCGAAUCAUCUGAGUGUUUGAGUGAAUGGGGGAAAAAUAAAGGUGAGUAUUUCUGCGUGUGAUUAUGGAUGAGAGCUUGCCUUUCUUUGUUUAUUCGAGAGAUCGUGCUAUUUUUCAAAAUUGUAAAGAAAUUGCCGUGCGUUAUUUCGGCCAAAGUAAUGGGACCCUGGGAUUCUCGAUUCAGAAAAAAAAACCCCAUCCCCUUGGGAAUUUCUCUAGUGUAAAAAGAAAAAAUAAUUCGAAGUGGCCUUCGUAAAAUGAAAAACAAAUCUCCAUGAGAAUCUUGUUUUUUGGCUUUCUUUCCACGUGUUGGAUUUUUUUUUUGUCCAGGAAUUGAUAAAAGAAAGUUCUCGCGCGUCUCGGUCGUUUUUUAACGUUUUCUGGAUAAAUAGUGACGCGCAAAUUAGUUCAGUAUUAUUUAUAUCCCCAUGGGGAUUCGACUCGGCCUUUUUUUUGGAAAAAAAGAUUAGCCUCUACUAUUUGUCUGUCCCUAAUUAUUUUCUAUACUUUUUCAGUAUUUUUCUCUCCGUGGAUCGAAACGUAAAAUUCUUUGAAAUUAAUUACGUGGGGAAUUCUUAAUUAUCACAAAUUUCAUUAUGAUGACUGAACUAAUUUGGCGUUGAAAGAAGUGAUAACGAGUCAAAUUCGUUCUAAUUAGCACGACGGUGAUUAAUAUUAAAAAAUGAUAUUCUUGAUACAAACAUUUUUGUGCGAAAAUUACUCAAAAAAAGUGGAAAAAUUAUAAUAAAGAAACACGAACGAUCAAUGAUAAAAUCUUGCAUUACCAUCUAAAUAGGAAAACGUAAUAAAAAAUCUCACGGGCCGUUCGACGUCCUGUUGCUAUCGUAUACGUAUUUAAAAAUAAAUCCUGAACUUUCUUAUUUCCGACAAGUCGCUUUAAAAAUUCCUAAACGGAAAACAAUGGAUACGGUUUUUACAAUCUAGGCUUAAAUGUGUUCAGAGUGAACUUUCAGAUAAAUCGGAGGGGGAAAAAAGCAAAAAUUUUAAAACAACUUACACGACAAAAUCGCGAGACCGAGAGCAAGCGAGUGUGCGAAAGUUUUUGAAAGAUUGAUACAUGAGAAAAUAAAAUUAAAUAUUGUAUAAAAAAAAAGUAGUAAGUGCCUUCCAAAAGAAAAAUUGUUUAAAGAGUCCCGUAGAUCGUGACCAGUUGUAAGUGAAAGAAAUUCCAAAUUUCGUCGUUCUAAAAAUCUCAAAGUAACACUUUCAGGAAUAACUAAAAAUUGGUAUCUGCAAUGUGUCGAUGAAAAAAAAAAUACUAAGAAUAACCAGUGUGUUUGCGAAUUGAGUGUAUGGUAUUAAAAAUGAAAAAAAAAAAAAAACUGAUGAGGAAAGUCGCCUGUCGUGCAAACGCCGGGAACACCUCAAAUGCCUGCCCGUUAGCGUUUGCACGUCACGCGUUUUUAUAAAAACUCCGAAGAAACAAUAAUUAAAUUCCGUUUGGAUCGAUCCACCACCGGUAAUACCCUGAAUGGCAUGUCUGUAGGAAGUUGAACUUGUUUUUUUUUUCCAUUUAUCGAAACGAUAUGAGAAUGAGAAUUAAAAAAAAUAAUAAUAAUAAAUAAAUGAAAACGUGAGCUCUGAGAAUAAAUUUAAAAAGCUGGAGAAAACUAAAAUCCUUCGUUUCCACAUUUUGAUAUAUCUGUGAAGAAGAAAGAAAUAACAAAAAUACAUAAAUACCUAUAUUACAUACUUAAUAUGUAAGUGAAGAAUAAUGAAAAAAAAACACACAAAAAGUAUCUAGUACGCUAAUAUUGAUAUAGUGAACAUGAAAUGAUUAUAUAAAGGAUAUAUAUAUAUAUAUUAUAUAUAAAUUGAUAUAUGUAUAUCGAUACGGUUACUGCUGGGGUGCAUUUACCAAAAACACAAGAAUGAAAAUUACGGAAAGAACUAAGUAAAUUUUUCCUUUGAUUUUCCAUUACAAGACGAUCCUCUAGACUAGAAAAAAAAAUUAAAUCACGGAGUCUUGGUGGUAGUACGCAAUCGUUAAAAUUCAAAGGCAGGAUAUGACAGUUUAAAGCUGAUUUUUGGAGAACGCCAAUUCGUCUAAAUAGAAUACAAAGAAAUUAUCUAAAUGAGACCCAAUAUCAAAGCUAAUUAAUUAUAUGAUUAUCACUUCAUGCCGCAAUAACUAGAAUCGUACUCAAUCCUUCAUUUCUUUGAAAUGAUAACUGAUAGACGAGGGUAAUGACAAUUGACGUUAAAUCGAUGGGUGAAAAUAAAAAUCGCACACGACGGAUAAUGAGCCUACAGAAUAAAACCGAACAAAAAUCACGAAUGCUUAUUUUAUCCCGCUAACUAAAAAACUACAGUUGAGAGAUAGUUAAAAUAGGUAAAUUUCCUAGUUUAUCAGAGACUUGGUAGUUGUUUUUCAAAGGGUAGAGUUCACGUUAUUUGGUCUCGAAUCAUGAUA